AUGCCCCAGAACCGGCUGGAGUCGGCUUCCGCCCGCUGGCUUCCGCCCGCUGGCUUCCGGCUUCCGUGCGGCUUCCGCCCGCCUUCCGCCCGCCUUCCUUCCGGCUUCUGUCCAGUUUCCCUCUGCCUUCACCGGGCGCCGCCCGCGGCCAGGGGACGAAAGCUACCAAAACGGCGGCGAGCGCGGGUCGGGCCCCCGGACACCGCUCUCUCCUCCGCGGCACGCUUCCGUGGGGUCACUGUCUACCUGGCUGAGCCACGCAUGGGCCGCAACCGCCGGGCCUUCCUCACACGCCUGGCUCUCUCCAAGGGCUUCCGCGUCCUGGACGCCUACAGCUCAGAGGUGACACACGUCAUGAUGGAGGGGACCUCAGCAGAGGAGGCCGUCUGCCAGCAGGAGCGCAGGACAGUGGCCCUUCACCCAGGAUGCACCCGCCCAGUGCUCUUAGACGUAAGCUGGUUCACGGAGAGCAUGGCGGCUGGGCAGCCUGUCCCUGUGGGGUGCUGGCACUGCCUGGAGGUGGCUGUGUGUGGGAAGGGGCCGCCACGCCCAGCAUGGAGGCUGUCCUGUGCCUGCCAGCGGCCCACACCCCUCACGUACCACAACGCCGGCCUCUCGGAGGCUCUGGAGAUGCUGGCGGAGGCCGCGGGCUUCGCCGGCAGUGAGGGCCGCCAACUCUCCUUGUACAGAGCGGCCUCAGCGCUCAAGGCCCUUCCCAGCCUGGUCACGGCCCUGAGCCAGCUGCGUGGCCUGGCCCACUUUGGAGAACACUCGUGCAGGGUCGUCCAGGAGCUGCUGGAACGCGGAGUGUGUGAGGAGGUGGAGAGAGUCCGGCUCUUGGAGAGGUACCAGGCCAUGAAGCUCUUCACUCAGAUCUUUGGGGUCGGGGUAAGGACCGCUGACCGGUGGUACCGGGAGGGGCUGCGGACGCUGGACGACCUCCGAGAGCAACCCCAGAGACUGACCCAGCAGCAGAGAGCAGGACUCCAGCACCACCAGGACCUGAGCACCCCGAUCCUGCGGUCAGAUGUGGAGACCCUGCAGCAGGUGGUGGAGGCAGCCAUGGGGCAGGCCCUUCCUGGGGCCACGGUCACGCUGACCGGCAGCUUCUGGAAGUCAGGGGGCUCCACAUGCCCUCCGGCUCAGCUCCAGGGCCAUGACAUGGACUUCCUCAUCACCCACCCCCAGGAGGGCCGAGAGGCAGGGCUGCUGCACAGAGUGAUGUGCUGCCUGAAGAAGCAGGACCUUGUCCUGUACCGCCAGCACCAGUGCAGCCGGCAGGCAGACGACCCCACCCACCUGCCCUGGCAGAGCCACACCAUGGAUGCCUUCAAGGGGACUUUCUGCAUUUUCCACCUGCCACAACCCCCAGGGGAUGCUGUAGCGGCACCCAGAGGCCCUGCCCCACCUGACCACCUGGUGGUCACCCCCAUCAGCCAGUUCCCCUCUGCUCUACUCGGCUGGACUGGCUCCAAGCGUUUCGAGCGGGAGCCACGCCGCUUCAGCUGGAAGGAGAGCCGGGGGCUCUGGCUGAACAGCCGUGGUCUGUCUGAUCCGGGGCAGAAGACCUUUCUCCACGUGGCUUCAGAGGAAGACGUCUUCAGACUCUUGGGCCUUGAGUACCUUCCCCCCCAGCAGAGAAACGCCUGA